AUGUUCAAAGACUGCAAAUAUAAGUAAAAGCACAUCUCACUUGUGGGAUCAAAUUAAAAGAACCUUAAAAGUGAUCACAAACAAGAGAUUGAGCCAUAUAUUCACUCGCUUUAGAUCGUUGAAAAUAGUAAAGUAAGUCAUGAUAGUGAUAAUUAAGCUAAAAAAUCUACAUCAGGAAAUUAGAACAUUGAGAAUGAUUUAUAAAAUUAAAAUACUAAAAAGCGUCAAAAGUAAAAUCAAUAAAUAAAGAGAAAAAGAAGACUAAGAGAGCUAAAAACAAUUUAUAACAAAACUUAGUUCGAAAAUUGA